AUGGUUAAAAGAGGAAAAUGGGUAUUUUUUCGCCGUAAUCAACCUGAAGGGAGUUUCAACACUGCACGUGUCCUGAACUGUAUCAGGAAGUUUAUGGAACAAAGGAAGAAUUGGAUGACAGUUGGGAUCCUUCCGUUGUCCUUAAUACACUUCUUGAUUUUCCCCGACCCGCAAACAUUGCCCUCUCAAACAACGUUGGACUUAAUUGUUAACAAGCCCCUUGACAAAUACAUCCUUACCGAAGCACUCAAUCGACGUCCGCUCGAAUCUAGAAAUGGUAUAGAACAACGCUUUCGACUCACCAGUAUUCGCGAGCUAGUAACCGAUCGUACCCCGUUAUUAUCAUUCAUUUUCUAUACUGGCGCCUUCACAUAUCAAUACAACACAAAUUUCGAAUCCCGAAUCAUUUUGGAGGCAGAGGAUAACUUUGAACCACUUUGCCGAUUUAUCGAGGAAGCCAUCGAAGGACAAUAG